AUGCAGCUCUAUAACAACAUCCCCUGCUGCACACACUCCCUCUUCAGAUUGUUACGCUUUUCUAAUCCUUUCCACACCCCCUCUUUCCCCAAACCUCUCAUUUCCACCGUCGCCAUGUCCACCGUUUCCACCGAGACUCCGCCUUUGCAGGUUUCAAAGCGGUUAGAGAGGUUCAAAACAACAAUUUUCACCCAGAUGAGUAUGCUUGCCAUCAAACAUGGAGCCAUAAACCUUGGUCAGGGUUUCCCCAAUUUCGAUGGUCCGGAUUUUGUAAAGGAAGCAGCAAUUCAGGCAAUCAGAGAUGGGAAUAAUCAGUAUGCAAGGGGUUAUGGAGUUCCAGACUCAACAUUGCCAUUGCUGAGAGAAGCAAUUGCUGCAACUAUGUUAGGACUGAUAAAUCCCGGUGAUGAGGUUAUUGUGUUUGCUCCUUUUUAUGAUUCUUAUGAAGCCACUUUAUCCAUGGCUGGUGCACAAAGUAAAAGGCAUUACUUUGAGGCCUCCAGAUUUUGCUCUCCCGAUUGA